GCACCAUUGGUUCAGUGUGUGUUGCACAGCCGACCAAGCAAGAGGUUCCUAGCAGAGCGUCCGGCGCUGCCGGAGCGCAUCUCGCGUUUUAGUUUUAACUUCUAGUGGUUUUAAAUAUUUUCCGUACAUUUAAUGUGCAACGCUUAAGUACCCGUAGUUAUAAGUGUUAGCUGGUUACAUUAAAAAACCAGCCCCCGCAAGGAUUGUAAUCUCGGAUGGACGGAGCCUUUUAUCCUUAGGACUGACUAUCCAGCAAAUGCUAAACUAAUCAGUCAUAAAUAACCCAACCGCAAACAGGCCUUUACGACUGGCAUUUUAUUCGACUGUGUCUGCAGUGUGGUGUGAAUACAAACUUAUCGUCCGACUCAGCUGAUUGAUGUUAUCAGUAGCUCCAAACAGCUUCUGUUCAAUUCGUGAUGUUGCUCUUUCGCGUAACCUUUCUGGAUCAGCUUAUUCUGCAGAUAUUCCAGCUUGGUUGCUAACAUUUCAUAUACAAACCCCGAGAACGAAAACAUUGAAAACAACACCAACGCUAACAACAUGAUCACAGCAUUAAAUUAAGCAAACGACUUGUAUAGCAUAAUGGUGGUUUAGAAAGAAGAGGUUUGCCUUAUGGUUUAGAGGAAUCGCAAAGAAAACAUUGGACUAAGCUAAUUGAUGACUACAGUAAUUCCAGACAGCUUCUGGUCAAGGGAUUCGCGAUCUUGCUCUUUUGCGUAACUUAUCUCGAUCAGCUUAUUCCGGAGAUAUUCCAGCUUGGUUGCUAACAUUUCAUAUGCAAACCCCGAGAACGAAAACAUUGAAAACAACGCAAACAUUAAGAGCACGACCACUUUUAAAAUGUUCAUCGUGUACAAGCACCAAACGCUUCAUACAAGAAGCAUUAAAUUACGCAAACAGCUUAUAUAGCUUUGUUGUAUAGUGGCCGUAUGGUGUAGAGGCUUUUCAAAGAAGACUUUGGAAAAAGUGCUUAUCAGCAUUGCAUUGCGGGUCGAGAACAUACGAGUGCCUUUUUACAGUAGACAUGUUGGCGUUCUCACAACUGCCCGAGAAGCAUUCUUAUCAUUAAAGUUCGACCGACUGAUUAACACGGAAAAAUAAAUUCUCGUACGUUGCUCGGAGAUUUGCCAACGAGAUGUGGAACUUAUAAAAACCACAACUCUUCUGUGGAAAACAUGAAACGCACCUCAUGGAUCUGAACAGUACUUGUUUCAGAAACAGUCCUACAUUUAGGCUAGUUACAUGUGGGUAAGUAGUUUUUGAAUUUUAUACACUAUUUUAAUGUUUUUCAUAAUAAAAAAUCAAUCUUCAUUUACUUGCGAAACCUUCAUUUAAAAACGGAAACAAAUUCAAACCACCUUUUCAAACUCACUUUUCGAGUACUUUCUACACUGUAAAUUCUAUCUCAUCCUUUCUUUCGAGCAGCUCCGGUUCGAGCAGCUGUCUUUUUUUGGCAGCUGGGCAAAACAGAGUCGCCCUUUUGUGCGGCAAAACCAGUUGCCCAGAAACACAAAAUGAACCAGUCCUCCCCGCUCGAACAAAUUCGCAUCCAGAAACGGUACGAGCUAAAAUGGGGCCAAAAGACGCACCGCAAAAAGGAGCUCGACCGCAACCGGGCCGGUUUGGGCGAGCUGGAACACUCGAUCGGUGUGAUCGAGCACAUUACGGAGCAGGAAAUCAAGGGACUGGCGGGUCGUAUCAAGCGCCGAAAGCGCUGCGAUCCGUUGGACCUGGUGCGGCUUAGCUACGGGUUCCAGCAGAGCCGGGAAAACAUUGCCCACUUUAUCCGCACCACCGGUGCGAUCAACGUGAUAGUGAAGGAGCUGACCGGGCACGACUACAACCUGCAACUGCUGGCGGCCGAGUGUCUGUGCAAUCUGUCGCUCGGGGACGAUGUGUGCUGCGAAAAGAUAGCCAACUUUGCCGGCACCUACCUGAUAGCGCUGGCGGAAAAUCCCAACUGUCGGCCAUUGCAGGAGACGUGCUUUUGGACGCUGCAAAACAUCGUCGGCUCGAGCCCGAAAGGAAGCAAGCUGCUGUUCUCGCAGGGGCUGGUGGUGGUGCUGGUCCGAUUGCUGUCGUCGGUGACCGAGCAGGAAGCGGCGGAUGAUAUUAUUUUAACGUUAGAAUUAGCACUCAACUACGAGCAGGAUAUUGAACCUGCAACACUCACACAAAUCGUGCAAUGCUUCGUCGGACGGCAGCUGCAUCCAAGCAGUCUCCGAUUGCUGUACAAAUGUUACGGUCUGUCCAGCACGGCGCUGGCCUGUGAUGACUCGUCGUCGUCGAUUAUUCGGCAAUGUCUGGACUUUCUCUUCAGCGUACACGACCUUCAUCUUCCAACACACGCGGCCUCUAUUCUACUCUCGAUACGUAUUCUAGCUUACCAGGCUUCUGCCGGCACACGGCAGGUGGAAGAAAUCCUUCGCUAUCAGCUGCAAAAGAGCGUGCUAAAGCUUUCACUGCUCUUCAACGACUGUGCCAAGGAGGAGAUGCUUCCCGUGUGCAAGGAAUUCCUGUGGCUGCUGGGACAGCUCCAUAGCAACGGAGGUGCUUGUGCGACCACGGCGGAACUGUUGCAAGCGUAUCUCGUCUAUGACAACUUCGUAGAAGCAAUUUGCGUCCCAAAAGCGUUGCUUUGAACGACCCCUUGGGAAACGAAUCGUUUCCCCAUUCUGUUGUGUAGAAAUUAAUUAUGAACUAUUGAACUAUUGAACUGUUGAACUGUGAAAUUAAACACGUAUGAAAAUGUUAAUUGAAA